AUGUCACAUCCACAAGCCGUGGGAUCUCUCCUGGCUCUGGUAAUAUUUAUCACAUUCAUCCUCAGCCUUGCAACCAUUAUCUAUGGCGAAGACAUCAUGACUAUGCAACUCCAUUAUUCCCAUUCUUCGUCUUUACUCUUGGCUUUUACUGUUCUGCACCACAUUUAUUUCACUGGUGCUAUUUCUGCAAAUUGGCCUCGAGUGUUAGUCGAAUUUUGGUCGAAUUUUGCACCCUUUGCCGGGAUGAUUUACUCCAAGUCGAUGCAGAGCUCAAUAGAUAGGUUGGUUGGAGCAGAUAAAGGAGAUAUACGUAUUCUUGGAGCAAAUCCUGUUGGAAACGUUUCCCCUCGCCUCGGCGGUUACAAUAUUACAAACAUAUACAACACACCGCCAUCCAAUAGGACUUUUGGACCCUUCAGAACUGGCUUAGGGGCCCCCAUGGAUGAACAAGAUUAUCAUGCUUCUGCCUCCUCAGUUUCCUUGCCAUCGACGUUCCAAUGGCAAGGCCAGCUUGUCAAUGAUGGGUUUCCAUUGCCAGGGAACUAUUCUGGCUUCGCUGGGACCCUCUCCAUGCAGAAAAUUCCAGCAGUGAAUGCUUUCACUACUGGACUACUCUGGGUCCUAUUGCUAAUCGCUACUCUGACCGCAGUGAUACCUGUGGUCAAAGUGGUGAUAGAGUCACUUAUCCAUUGGAAGCUCAUUAAAGGAAGACAGGCGCAAAAAUUAGCAUAUUUUCGAAUACAUUGGCCAGAGUUUGUCCUGGCUAUGCUACUCCGGUCCUUGUUUAUCGGAUUUGGGAUGCUGAGUUUCCUUGCACUCUUCCAAUUCGGCUUUGGGGGCGCAGCCUCAGUUAAAGCAUUGGCAGCGAUUACAUUCCUCGUACUCAUUCUUGGAUCAAUCUCAAUUACGGCGUAUGCUAUAUCUUAUCGCAAUGCUCAUUUCACGUCCGUACCAGAGAUAAUGCCACUCGUUUUCGAAAGGAGGAACUUGUUAAACAUUAUCCCCUGGUUUGUACUUAAAACAAAGGGCAGUACGGUAUCAAAAGAGUCCUCUACAACAGUUCCACAAAACUAUCCGUGGUGGAAGUCCUGUGUCCAUGAUACUGGUUCAAAUGAAUCUAAAUUUCUAUUGCGAUUUGGCUGGUUACUGGCUCGCUUCAAGGACGAUAGAUGGCACUUUUGUGUGAUAUGGUUGAUGCAUGAGUUCCUUCGUGCAUGCUUCCUCGGAGGAGCAGUCGCAAAUCCGAUAUCCCAGACUGUUGGGUUGUUAAUUCUCGAGAUUACCUUUAUGAUUUGCGUUAUCGCCAUGAGUCCCUUCGAGGCUAAACGAUUGAGCAUUGUUCUAUACACGCUAUCGUUUAGCAACAUCUCAUCGGCCCUACUGUCCAUUCCAUUAUUGGCUCAACAUAACCUAAAUAGAAUGGCUGCUUUUGCUAUUGGGAUGGCAAUAGCCAUCAUUCAUAGCACCCUUGUUCUCCUCCUAGUGAUUUCGAUGCUAAGCGGCAUCAUAACUAGUUAUAUUUCCCUCACCAGAAAUCGAAGAAUCCCAGCCGAUCAACUUGGCUCCCACCCAAUACGAAUGAGAUACUUGGGGCAUGUGAACAGAGGAGUCGGUUACCACCCAGGAGCACUCUAUUCCACUCCUGGAUCAAUGUCACCAACUCCAAGACAAGCAAGUUUCAAAGUUCACUCUGUUCGGAGAUGCCCAAAAAUUAUAGAUGAGAGCCCAACACCCUAUCAUCGAAACCCAUCCACGCCCACUUCUUCACUACGGGUAUCUCGCCGCACCUAUACACCUCCGUUUCCUCUGGAUCCGUUUACACCUACUACUGCGGAUUCUGCUAUCUUAGGCUUUAGAGACACCGACUCCUCUGAUCCAUUCACUACCCCCUCGACUAUGGACUUGGGUGCUUCAGGCCUUCAAAGAGCAGACUCCCUUGGACAAAAUAGUAUGGCUUCUGAACCCCGCCAGGGUAGACUCUGCAGAAUUACAUCCUUGGAAACAGUUCUUUCUCGAUCGACAAGCAGGCCAGAACACAGCCAAGGUGACAGCUUGUGCCUCACCGAUACCUUUGAGACUGCGAGGUCUGAUCUGGAACCUCUUACGGAGUUUAUAACCCCUCUAGAGGACAGAGAAGCGGAGGGCGCAUCUUAUUCUAAGCUUUAG